UUGGUUCGGAUUGGAUGUGCAUUGUUGUUUAAUGUUUAUUGUGGUGAAAAUAUUUCUGCUUAUAAAAUAAAUGCUGUGUUUAAUUAAAAACAACGAACGGAUAAUGAUGUUUUGACGAUCAUACUUCUAAAUGAAAGUUUUAGAAAACCUAUUCUUAUUAUUUGACUAAGGAAAUACGUGACGAAGCCAACCAUGGCUGAAACCCUGGAUCCGUUGUCACCCACAGUGAACAGUUCAGGACGGAGUGAACUAGGCAUCAUGGAUAAGCUGAGGUUGAGGAUUGGAAGAGGUGGACCUGCUACCAGGCCGGCCAGUGAAGGAUAUGUGGAGUUUGGUGAGUUCCGGACGGAGCGGCCUGGUAUCAAGAAGGUGGGCACCUUCGCUGGUGUCUUCUGUCCAGUCGUGCUGUCCAUGUUCAGUGCGCUGGUCUUCAUACGAAUGGGGUACCUGGUGGGCAACGCAGGUCUACUGGUGACCCUCGGCCAGUUCGGGCUGGCCUACCUGAUUGUAAUAUUCACGGUUACAUCAAUCUGUGCGAUAUCUACCAAUGGAGCUGUUGAGGGUGGAGGUGUAUACUUUAUGAUCAGCAGAACGUUAGGUCCAGAGUUCGGUGGCGCGGUGGGAACAUUGUUCUUCUUUGCGAAUGUGGUGUCCAGCGCUCUCUGCAUAUCGGCGUGUACUGAGGCCCUGGUCGAAAAUUUCGGCCAAAAUGGGUAUCUGGUAGGAGCCAACACGGGUAUCCCAGACGGCUGGUGGUACCGCUUCAUGUACCGUUCAGGGCUGAAUGCCAUCGGUCUUGGAGUGUCCUUGGCCGGAGCCUCGCUCUUCGCUCGUACCAGUCUAGCCAUCUGGAUGAGCAUGGUUAUCUGCCUGGGCAGUGCUUUCAUCAGCUUCUUUGUGACUCCUAUGGAUACUAUUCCAAAACCCGACACCAAUCACUUAGUGAACAUCACAGGAUUUAUCUACACUGGUCUAAAUUCCACCACGCUGUAUGACAACCUGUACCCCGCUUACGGCCGGGACUAUACGACCACAGACGGACAGAUGGUGGACUUCGCGUCCGUGUUCGGGGUCUUAUUUACCGGGGUCACUGGGGUCAUGGCGGGGGCUAACAUGAGCGGUGAGCUGAAGAAUCCAUCCCGCAGUAUUCCGUUCGGUACCCUGGCGGCACUACUGUUUACCUUCAUCUCGUACAUCGCACUGAGUCUGCUGACCGCCGCCACGUGUACCAGGGACCUGCUCAUCAAUAACUACGUUUAUCUCCUACCUAUUAAUAUAUGGCCACCUUUUAUCGCUGUUGGUAUGCUAAUGGCCACAUUCUCUGCUGGUCUGUCAAAUUUAAUUGGCGCUUCACGGGUACUGGAGGCCUUAGCUAAAGAUAACAUUUAUGGCUUCCUCCUCCGACCAAUGGUCUCCAGAUCCGGAAACCCAGUGAUUGCUGUACUGACAUCAUGGCUACUGGUUCAGAUCGGCAUCAUGGCGGACUCCCUGAACGCCAUAGCUCAAGUCAACUCCGUACUAUUUAUGACCAGCUACUUCGCUAUUAAUCUGGCUUGUCUUGGACUUGAUCUGGCUUCUGCACCGAAUUUUAGACCGACAUUCAAACAAUUUUCAUGGAUGACGUCACUGCUCGGGCUCCUCGGGUGUGCGGGUUUGAUGUUCGGUUUGCGCGCACUGUACUCGUGCGGGGCAGCCCUGGCGUGUGGCUCGCUGGUGGUAGCCCUGCAUCUGUUCUCACCUGCUGCUGCAGAUCCUACCUGGGGAUCGCUUAGCCAGGCUCUCAUUUUCCAUCAGGUCCGCAAAUACCUACUACUUCUGGAUCCUCGACGUGAACACGUCAAGUUCUGGCGUCCACAGAUGUUGUUACUGAUCGCAUCACCGCGACAGGCCGCGCCACUUAUUGACUUCGUUAAUGAUCAGAAAAAGGGUGGUCUGUUCGUGGUUGGCCACGUAAGGGUUGGAGAGUUGGAUGGCUCGGGAGACCCGCUGGCGGCUGAGCAUAAAUACUGGUUGAAGCUGAUUGACCAUCUCAAGGUGAAAGCAUUCGUAGAGCUCAGUCUAUCAUCCUCGGUCCGGUCUGGCGCGGCACAGCUCGCUCGGCUGGCCGGGCUCGGCGCCAUGAAGCCUGACACUGUACUACUCGGCUUCAGGGACACUGCGCCACCUAUCGAUUUCUUCAGAGACCCCCUUUCCCCCUACAAGACGGAUAUCUUCGACCUGGAGUCUGGCGAGACGAUAUUCCCAACGCGCAAGCCGACAGACGAGCGUCUAUCCGCGUCAGAAUACGUGCGCAUUGUGUCUGACGUACUGUGCGUCAAUAAGAACGUAUGUCUUUGUCGACACUUCCAUAAACUGGACAUGGCCAAGGUGGAACGCAAGUCUCCGUCCCUGAAGUACAUAGACGUGUGGCUGGUGGAGCUGCGCAGCGCCAGUUGCGAGGAGGCGUUCACGGUCCGCGGGCUGUUCGCGCUGCAGCUGGCCGCCGUGGUGCGCUCGGCGCGCGGCUGGCAGCACCUGCGCCUGCGCCUGCACGCCGUCGGCCGCCCCGCGCCGCGCGUCGCCAUACACGAAGCAGGUCGUACAGUGACGGUCGGCGAGCGCUCUGCGUUAGAGUCCCUGGCGGCCGGCCGGCCGCUGGAGGAGAGACUCGACAAACUACUCAAACUGCUCCGGAUUAACGCUACCAUACACAUUGUGUCGGAAUGGCCGAAACUGGACGAGUACAACCGAUACUACAGCGAAGAAGAGGACAGCAUGUAUGAACGUGUACCUAUCAGCUAUUUGCAAAUGGUAAACAAUAUAAUAAAGCAACGGAGUUCAGAAGCAACAGCAGUGACCUUCGUCCAGCUGCCCGCGCCACCCAAGUUAUCCAACACUUCUGCUGACGACAAUAUUUGCGAACAAUACUUGAAGGUGCUAGACGAAUUCACAAAGGACCUGCCCCCUACAAUCCUCGUCCGGGGAUUGAAGUCUGUCACCUCCACUGCGCUAUAACCAGGAAGUACCUGAUUACAAUUAGAUCUCUUAGGGCUGAUUAUGUAAUUCGAUUUUUUGACAAUUCUUCCAUGUAAAAACUACCAGUAGUUAAUUUUAAUCUAUGAAUAAAAAAGUAUUUGUUAACCGACUUCAAAAAUAGGAGGUUCACAGUUUGACCUGUAUGUAUGCAUGAGCGCGAUGACCUCGCUAUUGACUUAACCGAUUUUGAUGCGGUUUUCAGGAAAGUGUAACUCAAGGAUGGUUUUAGUAUAUUAACUAACCAACCCAAAGAGGGUUCGAAGUCGGUUUAUUUAAACGUAUAAUAUGAAAUAAUAAAUCAUUAAAAUGUCAGCCCUUACUAAACUAAAGUAAUAAUGUCGCAGAUUAAUUAGCCUUUUAAACUAUCUAUAUUUUUGAGUAUUCAUAUUUUGAAAAAUAGUAAACUUGACAUAGGUGACUCUCUAGUACGGUACUUUUAGAUAAUGAUAACCGUGAGACACUCUAAAUUAAUUACAAAAUACAGCUUACUCAAAUGACUUGUCGUGGAGUAACCCAACGGGUUACCGGGGCUCCGGCUCGGAGUGCAGGAGUAGGAACGGGGUAGUUUUCAGUCAGUAAGAGUCUGAC